UUACUCAUCAGCAAUGGAGGAUUGGGUUGUGGUAUAACUCGAACAAUCUUAACAUCGGUGUUUGGCCGAUAUGGACAAAUUACUAAUAUCAUCAUGUUACCUGAUAAACCGUUCUCUGUCUUGUCUUAUCAAACAGUAACCGAUGCAAAGCAAGCAUAUGAUAAUAUCCAUGCCAUUGAAUUGAUC